AUGGCUUCAACAUCAUUUUUUCUUUCAAACCAAACAAUUCGCUCAACCAUUCUACCGCCGUGCAAUGCCACCUUCCGCCGCCCUCUGAGUAUCUCCGCCACUUGCGCCACCUCUCAGAGAACCUGUAGUUCGAAUAUCAGCACCGAAUAUGCUCCAAAACAGGGGUCUCUAUACGAAGUUUUGGGGAUUCAAAUGGGUGCUUCGUGUCAAGAAAUCAAAACCGCGUAUAGAAGAUUAGCCAGAUGUUUGCAUCCGGAUGUUGCAUCCAACAGUGGAGAUGAGUUUAUGAGAGUGCAUGCGGCUUAUGCAACUCUUUCUGAUCCGGAGAAGCGUGCAACCUACGACAUGGAACUUUUCCACCGGAGGCGACCGACGGUGAUGUCGGCGAGGGGGUAUUCUCGCCGGAGCCGAAAUUGGGAAAGUGACCAGUGCUGGUAA